AUGAACAGUCGGUUCGUUAACGGUGCUCUAGCAGAACUUCAAGAUGCCAAUCGAAGUCCAAUAUUUGGCUAUCAACAUUUGCCUCUUGUAUCAUUAGAAAAAGCCAUGGAAACAAUUAUUCCAAUCGUCCCUGAAGCGAAGGAAUAUGUUCUUCUUGCGAAACAACAUUGCAAUCGAGAAUCAACUAUUUUAACUAAAGACGAAUCAGCAGCAAUUUAUCUUUACUCGAUGCCAAUAGGGUUUUUUACUCGUUUGAACGAAUCACUUCGAGCUAAAGACCGAAAGGCUUUGAAGCCGUGGUUCUUUUUUCUCAAGCUAUUUAUUACUGCUCUAGAGAAACUGCCUUCGUGUGAACGAGUGAUAUGGCGGGGUGUAGCUGGUGAUGUUGGAUCGGCAUUCGUCGAUAACGACUUGCAGACAUGGUGGAGUGUAAACUCAUGUUCAAAAGCCCUUAAUGUCGUUGAAAUAUAUUUGGGCGAUACAGGUACUGUUUUUGCUGUUGACGCAAAAAAUGGAAAAGAUAUUACAUCGUUCUCGGCAUUUCAAGAAGAACAAGAAGUUAUUCUUAUGCCUGGGAGUCGUUUUCUUGUCAAAUCAAAAUCACUCAACUUCAGAAAUGCUCUUUAUAUUGUUCAUUUGGAAGAAGAACAUAUACCAAUGGAAAAUAAUCAGGCUUCUUCUACUCGACGAACUGCUCAAUCAGUGGACAGACACUCUAAUCACAAUACCGGACACGAACACGAGAUUGUCGACAACUCAACUUCUCAAAACAGAAGAAAACAAUCUAGUUUUGAUAAACGUUCUCGAUACAAUGAUUUUAUGAAUCAACCAGGACAAUCAAUUGGUGACACACCAGCUUCAAUAUUAUUUACUACCACUAAUAAUCUGACCUCUUCACUUCGGACACCAGCUCCUGUACUAUUGACUGUUACUAAUGAUAUGACCUCUUUACUAUUGGAACCAGAGAUAAAACUACAUCUCGAACGUUCACUGGAUUUACGAUGCAUUAAACAAAAACCAUUCAAAGCUCGGUCGCUUCCGAAAGAAAUGAAAUAUCAAAAAUCCAAAGUGAUGUGUAGUAAUAACGAGUUGUUACUUCUGUGUGCAGUUGAUAAGUUGUAUCUAUUUGAUGAAGACUUGAAAUUGGUUCGGUCAACCAUCCAAACAUCAAUACUUUCUAGCGAUUUGGUUGAUAUGGCUUGGUGUGAGUCUAUUCUGAAGUUCAUUGUUUUGAAUGAAGAAAAAGCAUAUGUCCUCGAUCCAGUUACAGCUCAAUUGUCAUGUAUUGAAAGUGUUCAAUUAAAAGAAAAUGAGUCUUGCUUUGUCAGUUGUGCAUGUUCAAAUGAUAAAUUGUUUAUUGGUACAUCAGCGUCAUAUUAUCCCACGUACAUGCAGUGCUACAAAUUACCGGGUUUCAUUUUUGUUUCACAAUUCACUGUAACAGAUCUAAUUGGCUUUGAUCCGCCACCCGUGAACAGCUGGGACACUAAUUGGGCCACUAAAAAGCAAAAGGAUGAUAAACGGAAAAUAGUUUCAAUUCGAUAUAAUCAACAGAGGCUUGGCAUAAUUAUUGAUACUUUUAAUGAGCGUUUCUUAUAUGUGUUUAAUUUAACACAACAACCUAUAGGAUUUGUGAAGACAAAUCUAUCAUCGGUCGAAUACCAACUCAACGUAUUAGCAAAGAGUGGUGAGUGGCUUCUCGUACCCAAUGGAGGUUAUGAAAAAUUAAUUCAGAUCGCUCUGGACUGCCAGUUUAAGGCAGAAUGCGAAUCAAAAGACAGAUCACAAGACAGUUUCUUCAGCUUUUCAGCGGGUUUUGUGAGUCUCAAUGGCAAUUUGGACAAUUUAAUCAUGUUCGGGCCAACUUCUCUUGUGGCACUUAUAGAUGAUUCACUUGCAUUGUAUCAAGUAUGA